AUGGCCAUGUCAGGUGUUUCUGUCUCGGACGAGUGUGUCACCGCACUCACCGACCUCCGCCACAAGAAGAGCCGCUACGUCAUUCUCCACAUUGUCGACCAGAAGACAAUAGCCGUCAAGGAGGUGGGCGCGCGUAACGCGACAUUCCAGCAGUUGGUGGACGCCAUCGACAAGUCGUCGCCGUGCUACGCCGCGUUUGACUUCGAGUACGAGACGGAUGAGGGCAAUCGCGACAAGCUCAUCCUCAUCAGCUGGAACCCCGACUCGGGGGCGCCGCGCACGAAGAUGUUGUACAGCAGCAGCCGCGACGCGCUCAACGCACCGACGGAGGGCUUCCAGCCCAUCCAGGCGAAUGACCUGUCGGAGCUUGACUACAACGAUGUUGUGCGCAAGGUGAAGUCGCACCGCAAGUACUGA